AUGUAUAUUAAAAGGUCGCACACCUCGACAACAAUAAGAAAUCUUCCAAGCACCAGGAAAAUGGACGAAGAAGGAGGGCUGUUCUUCAGGAUAUACAGAGGCAAUGGAAUAGCCAGAAGCAUCACAGACCCGUGCUCGAUAAAGCCAUUAAAAAAUGAGUGUGUCUCCUGCGAGAAAAGGCAUGAGCCAAAAGACACAAACUGCAAACUUUUCAGCAGAACAAGAAUCCUGUACAGCAUGUCAAACAGUAAAAACUCACACAUUCUACUGGGAGAAGACAUGAGAACAAAAAGCAGCGUAGUAAUAAAGCUAAUCGAUAUAAGAAAAAAAGAGAACAGAAGACAGGCGGAGAGUGAAGUAAAAAUUUUAUCGCAUGUAUCGCACAGGAACAUAAUAAAAUGUUUUGGAAGCAGAAUAUUUCUGGACAGUGCCAGCAUAUACCUAGAAUACUUCAAGGGUGUUGACCUAUUCUGCAUCCUUCAUACGAGGAGAGUUUUGCCUGUUAGGAUGGCUAUGAUGAUAUUUAAAGAGCUGGUGCUAGCUGUUGCCCAUCUCCACGAGAAUAAAGUGUGCCAUCUAGACAUAAAGCCAGAAAAUAUUCUAGUAAACAGAAGAAACGAGAUAAAACUAAUAGACUUUGGAAUGUCUCAGAGAACGCUAAAAAGUGGACUAGUUGAGGCAUACGGUGGAUCAAUGAACUAUGCAUCGCCUGAGGCCAUAGCAGGCGGCGUGUACAACGGAUUUCUUGCAGAUUCCUGGUCCUGCGGGGUUGUUCUUUUUCUGAUGGUCAAUGGAUACUUUCCUGCUCCUCCAAACACUCUGUCUCUUUCCCAUGUGCCGAACGAAAUAGUAAAAAUACUCAACUCCCUCCUAGCUAUUUCCCCUGGCAGAAGAAUACCAAUACGGAGCUUAGUCUUGCAAUAA